GGCAAUUCAACAAUGAAGGUGUUUUAUCAAAUUAUUUCGGCACUGGCGCUUAUCUUUGCCAUACUGAGUUAUUUAACAUACGCCGAUCCAUUAAAUGACAGUAAUUUAGACGAGUCCCGCCAAAUCGGAAAUUCCGAGUCGGAUGAGUCCGUACCCAAUGACAUUCAACAGGAUUAUCUUAAUGUGGCUAACUAUGUUACUGCUUCUCCGCCAUGGUGGUGGAACUAGGAACGGAUUCAUCAUUUUUUUUU